GCUUGCCUUUUUUUUUGUACCGACGAAGAAGUCCUGACUUCCGGCUUCGGGGCGCCCUUUCGCUGUGUUUGUGUCCUGACAGUGGACAGACAACAACAGAGGAGACAACACGACGCUUCAUACUCGGCCACCGAGCGAGUCCCGCAGACCACAGGAGGAUUUGAUGAGACGCUUUCAUGUUAAAGGACCAAACGAUGUCUGUGGUGUUUAACGGGAGUCCGCUGAAAGCGAUGCAGAGCUCACACACUCACACGCCGCAGACUGCCCUGAGUGCCCAGGAACUGUCCCAGGAGAUCAAGUCCUUCAUCAAAGGCGUUGACACGGUUCAGGGCAGAAAGCUCAGUGUCAGGGAGCACGCACGUUGUGCUGUGCGUCUGCUGAGAUCGGUCCCGGCCUGCCGGGGAGCGGUUCUGGAGCAUCUGAGGGGCGUUUACGAUGAACACGUCUCCGCCUUCCUGCACAACCUGGAGACAGAGGGUGAUGCCAGCUCCGUGGUCAGCUCCAACCUGGAGGACAUCAUACAGGAGGUUCAUGGCGUGCUGUCAGAGUUCAUCCGUCUCAACCCUCGGGCCUGGGCCCCUCUGGUAUCCGCUUGGGCUGUGGACUUGUUGGGCCAGCUGAGCAGCAAGCAUGCCGGCCGCAGGGUGGCCCCUCACUCUUCCAGCCUCAACGAGCUGCUCCAGCUCUGGAUGUCCUGCGCUGCCACUCGGUCACUCAUGGAGGCCUACUCCCAGUGUUUGGCCGCCAUGCUGGCCUGGUGUCCUGACGCCUGUGUGGAUGCGUUGUUGGACACGUCAGUCCAACACUCCCCGCAUUUUGAUUGGGUGGUCGCUCACAUCGGCUCUGCCUUUCCAGGUACUAUUAUCAGCAGAGUCUUGGCAUGUGGACUCAAGGACUUUUGCUCUCAUGGCGCUAAGGACCAAGGGCUGAUGGUGAUGGGAGUGGAUAAAGGCAGCAGAGUGCCAAAGAUUGGCUCAGUGGUGGGAAUCCUUGGACAUCUUGCAGCACAUCACUCAGACAGCAUCAGGAAGGAGCUGCUCAGGAUGUUUCAGGAAAGCCUGACUCCAUCAAGCCCCCUAUCACCCACUUCGUCCUCAACAUCUUGGGAGAGUUCCCCUCAACUCCGCCGUGCCGCUGUGCCGUUUCUGCUGCAGCUUGCUGCGAUGUCCCCCAACCUGUUUGGUGCGGUGUCUGCAGAGCUGGUAGAGCUGCUGCGCCCUCCUGUCCUGCUUCAACUGCAGGCCCUGCUACAGGGUCUCCCCAGAGAGGAACUGGAUAACAUGCUGGGGCUGGCUGUCCACCUUAUUAGCCAGAGCCCCUCAGGAGGUGCUCGGGUUCUUCGUUUUCUGGCAGACACAGCAACCCCAGCCUCGGUCAUCAUCUCUGGCCCUACACCCUCCCCUCAUGAGGGAGUCCGAGAAGGUUGUGAUCGUCUUCUCCAGAUGCUGCUUCUUCAUCUUCACAAACUGGUCUUCAACCGCACAGAUGGAGUUGAGGUCAAUCCCCAUCACUCUGCUCCCUCUCAGCCCCAGAGGGUUAUCCCCUUCUUAGAGGAGCUACAGUCUCACAUAGGUGAGCUCUGUGCCGAGACACUGCGACUGGAGAGGAAGCGUCACCUCUGGUUGCACCAGUUGCUGUGCCUGCUGUCUGUGUAUGGUGGUCCCAGCGUGGCCACUGAGGCCUUCUGCCAGCUACUCACCCAGGCCCGCAACCCGGAGGAGCUGGCUCUGGCCUGGCAGCUCCACACCACACUGUCCUCUUGCAUGGCGGGGCUCAUUCCUGCCGCUGUAGCUCGCUGUGUGGCCCAGAUCCAUACACACACUCUGGGGCCCCGGCAGCUGAGGCAGCUGCUGCUUAACCUGGCUGCUGCCAUCCAGAGUCAGGACGAGGAGAGAAGAGGAGCAGCAGGUGUUCAGUCCUCCAUGGCCAUCCAGGUGGGCUCAGCAGUCUCUGGACACCUCCAUGAUUUUGGCCCGCUCCUUCUCCACGGGGACCCAGCUGUAUCUCACGCUGCAGUGCGCCUCCUAUCCUGUAGCCCACUCCCUCGCACCUCCUCCCCAGCACACCUGCUCCUCCUCUCCCGUGCUGCCGUCACUCAUUUCUUUCUGGCGCUGCGGAGAAGAGGUGAAGGGGGAAAGGUGGGGAGAGAUGCAGGACAAGCAGGCGAGGCGGUGAACUGUUCGGUCCUGCUCCUGUCCCGCUUCGCAGCCUAUUCUCCGCUCACUCUCAAGGCAGUACUUCAGCAGCUGGUUGAGGGAGCGCUACAUAAAGGCAAUGCUGACCUGUUUGGAGGGCAGCUCGCAGACAUGUCUGGUGCCCCUCUGACUUCCCCAUCUGUGUCCCCUGACAUCGGAGCCUCUUUGCUGGAUAUCAACUGUCGGUUCGGCACCACCGUCAACUUUUCUGGCAGCGUGUGGUCUGUGUUUCACGCUGGGGUGAUUGGCAAGGGGCUGAAGGUCCGCACUGCCACACAGCUGCCUGACCCAUCUGGGGUCAUCCAGAACAGCCAAACUCUGCUGGCUGUCGUCGUCCAGUGUUGCAGUUCCUCUGGUCUCAACGGCUCUAUCAAUGGUUCACGACCACCAUCUGACGCUGACGAGCCGGCACCCAUCAACGCAGAGGCAGCCAAGGUUGUUGCAGUCACAUUGGUGGAAAACGUCUGUCCGGAUGUGGCCAAUGGUGAGCUGUCCUGGCCUCCAGAAGAGCAUGCCCGCACCACUGUGGAGCGAGACAUCCACAUUCGGCGUUGCUUCGAGGCCCACCCGGUGCUCUUCCCUCUGCUUCAGGUGGUGGCAGCUGGACGUCCGGCUCUCUGCUACUGCUCAGCUGUGCUCAGAGGGCUCCUGGCCACUCUGCUGUCCCACUGGGAGGCGUCCCGUGAAAUGUUGUCCACAGACUCUCCGUGGCACCUCCAGGCCUCCUGCCUCCUGGUGUCCUGCAUGGGAGAGGGCCAGCUCCUGCCUCCUGUGCUUGCCAAUGUCCAUGAAGCCUUCCCUCACCUCACUCCCUUUGAGGUGAGGCUGCUGCUCCUGGCUGUGUGGGAGUACAUGAGGGGCAAUGGCCCAAUGCCCCAGAAGUUUGUCUUCAGCUCAGAGAAGGGCCUCUUCUGCAGGGAUUUCUCACGGGAUGGUGACGUGGCAAGAUACGUGGCACCAAUUCACAGCGUCCUGCAUAAAAACAUAGAUCGAUUGGGACACCUAUGCUGGCGGUUCCAGCUCUAGUGGGGAGCAAACUGUGAGGAGCAGAUAAUGGGGAAUAAACAGACUAUACAAUGAUGGAAUACUGUGUUACGUUGCUCCAAGAGUGGACUGCAAAGUUGCUAUCACUAUACUUUGGUUUCAUACAAGUAUAACUGUGUGCAUGUGUGUUUACCUUUUGUACCAUAUUUUUAGACUUCAUACAUUUGUAACUAGUCGUUUCAGUGAGAAAGACAAGUGGACAAGACAUGUAAUUUAUGUUAAUGCAGAUUUUUCUCCACACAAAACACAGCCUUAAUGUGUCAUUUCAGAUAGAAAAUACAACUUAACUCUGCUGAACUGUUUAUAGAUUGUUUUGUAUCAUUUUCAGAUUGUCCAUGUUCAAAGAUUGUGACUACAGACAUGCCUUGCAUUUCUUGUUACAUGCGUAGAACUGUUGAUUCAACCACUUUACAAAAAAUAAAACUUCAUUUGGCCCUGGAA